AUGGCACCAUCAGCAACCAAUGGAGCCAAUGGCCAUCAUGUAAAGAGCAGCAAUGGCAAAUCAACUAAUGGAUCCAGUUUGGUAGAUACCAUUCCAUUGGAGAAUCUACUUUUACGUGACGAUGAUAUUUUUGAGACGUCAUUACAUUCCGAAGAUUAUCUUGAUAGUUUGGCACCGAUACUAAAGGAUUCCAUCAAAGCUAAUGGGUUGGGUGAAUUGAUAUCGAGAUUGAAUGGGAUUGUGGAUAAGAAAGAUGACGAAUUGAAUAAACUUUCAUUGGAUUCAACUGAUGAGAUUAAUGCUUGUAUUGAUUCAAUUGAUAAUAUUAAUGAAAUAUCAUAUGGCUUAAAUGCUAAUCUUAAUGAUAUCAGUAAACAAUUACAUAAAUCAGCUUAUGAUUUGAUGUCAAGAAAGAAACAUUUGAUUAAAAGUAAAGAAGUUUCCACUCAUAUUAAUGAAACUAUGAUAGUAUUGAAUGAAUGUAUUCAAGUAUUGGAAAUCACUAAUAAGAUUCAUGAUUUAAUCAAAGCAAAGAAAUAUUUUAAUGCUUUGAAAUUACUUGAUGAAUUAACCAAUAUCCAUUUAAGUAAAGUUGAGAAUUUCAACUUUGGGGUCAAAAUUUAUGAAUCAGUACCACUUUUAACAAAAAUGAUUAAAGAUGAAUCAUUUGAUAAUCUUUGUAAAUGGCUUUCUAUCAAUUCAGAGAGGAGAUUAUCAACUAUCAGUGAUGGAAUAUAUGAUAACUUGUAUAAUUUACAACGAAAUUGGUAUAAUUUAAAGAAAAACAAACCAACUUUCAAGCCCUACAAAUUGAAUUCUCCAGUGGAAAUCUCCUUACGUGAUCCAACGUUAAAUUAUAAUAUCUUUGAAGAUGAAACUUUACAAAUCACAUUGGAUCCAUUAUUUGAUGUCAUACUCGUAUAUCAAACUUUACAUGAAUCAAGUAAUUUGAAUAAUUUAUAUCAUAAAGAAUGGAUCAAGAAAUAUAAUAGAGUCAUUUAUCCAAUAACCCUGGCUGCUAGUGCCAAUACAUCCAAUAUAGUUAAAUUCAAUGAUACAAAUGCUCUUGGAGAAUAUUUACGGAAAAUAGCGGCAUUCUUCGUCAUGGAUAAACAAAUCAAUUUAACUACCAAAUAUCAAUUAAGAUAUAAUUUAAAUGCUGAUGAUUUAUGGAAUUCAUAUGUAUCUAAAUUAAAACCGGUAUUGCUUAAUUAUUUAAAGACCACAAAAUUCAAAUCGAUAUCAGAUUUAUCUGACUUUAAAGAUUUAAUUGGGAAUUUCUUACAAAUCUUGGAAAAUUAUAAUUAUAGAAUCACAGACUUAUACGAAGUUUUAGUAAUAACAUUCAGAGAUUAUUUCGCUCCAUUUAAGAUCCAAGAAUUCACUUCCGAAUUCAUCAAAUCCAUCCAAUCAGAUCAUUACAUGCCAUUAACCAUCGACGAUAAAGCAGAUUAUGAAGGAAUUAUGGAAGUCAUAUGGUAUAAAAAUGAUGAAUUAUUUGCUCCUGCUCAUGUUAAAAGGAUGCCGAUUACAUUCCCAUUCAGUGAAGAUUAUGUUCAUUUCUGUUUAGGUAUUCAUUCAUUAUUGAAUGAUAUCUUAUCCUUCAUUGAUCAACAUUAUGGGUAUGAAUUAAAUGAUAUAAAUAAUAUCAUUGUUAAUGAAAUAUUCGAAAGAGUAUUAGGUAAUGAAAAAGGAUAUGGUAUUGUUAGUUUUAUUCAUGAUUUUAUUGUUAAAAAUGAUACUAAUAAAGAAAUCACUUCUCAAAGUUAUACAAAUUUGGAAUAUUAUUUAUAUAGUACUUAUCAAAUUGGGAAAUUGAUUAAUAGGAGAUUAAGAAUUCAUACUGGGUUAGGUAUUCAUAAUAUUGAUGCUAAUGAUACAUUCACAUUAACUGCAGUUGAACAUUUCAAUAAAUUAAGGAAAUUCAGUGAAAAUACUAUCUUUGAAAUGGUUGAUAGUAAGAUUAAAGAAUUAUUAGAUUUAGUGGAAUAUGAUGAUUGGUUACCAACUAUAAGAAGAUCCGAAGUCAAUUAUUCUGUUAAGGAUUUUGCUGGAUUUUUGGAAAAUUUAUUCACUUCAAUAUUUACAAAUUUACCUCAUACUCUUCGAACAUUAGGGUUAUUCAGAACUUAUGAUUUCGUAGCCCAACGAUUCCUUGAGAUUUUGAAAGAUGCUCCGAUAUACAAUCGAAUUGCAAUUGAAAAUUUCGAUUUAGAUAUCACUUAUGUGGAAAAUUCGAUGAUGAAAUUACGUACUAAGAAGAGUAGUAAUAAUGAUACUGGAGAUGAAAAUGAAACUGAAGGUAAUGUAAGUUUAGAAUCUACAUUCAGAGAUUUAAGACAAUGUGUUGAAUUAUUAAAAUUAGAUAAUUAUGAAGAUUUUGUAAGAAAUCCUGGAUUUAGAAUGAGAAAUUAUGAUAGAGUUAAAUUUGAAGAUGGUAUGAGAUUAAUUCAAAAAAUGCAAGGUUACGACAAUGGAAUUGGAUCAAGAGUCAAUACCCCAUUAGAUGAUGCUGGACCUAACGCUUCUAAUACUAGUGUAGAUCAACAAUCGAUCUUAUCUAGUGCUACAACUUCGAAAUUUGCGCUGCUUAAAAACUUUAUGAAGAAGAACGAAGAUCUCUAA